AUGAAUGACAACGCUGAAAUCGUUGACCCAACGUUGAUUAAUCCAAACGAUGUACUAUCCCACAGGGGCAAAGGGAAACAUGAAGGAAACCGCAUCCUUCGGGAGACCAUUAUAGCAAGGUCUGCUGAGUUUCAUGCCUCAAGCUUGGAGAGAAAGAAAGAGAUUCUUGACGAGAUCGUAUUGGGCCUCGAUGGCAGAUUCUUGAAAUGGGAUUCGGAACAUCGACGGUACUUUGUGAUGACCAAAGAAGAUGCAGUGAGAAUUGUAAGAAAUAAAUUUUUCUAUUUGAGGAGACCGAGUGCAUACAAAGCUUUUCCAUAUAUUGAGGCACGACCGCCAACUGCAAACUAUGACGACGAGUUGAAUUCUAGAAUGGAAUCAAUGUCUCAGGAUAGUGAAUGGAGUGGAUUUGUGGACCGGACUGAUAUGGACGAGAUGUUUGAUGAUGAGGAGACGGUAGUAGAUGGCAACAAAGCUCUCCGGGACGAAGAUGACGAUUCGGCAAAAGAUAGGCUUAUGGCACUAUUGAACGACGAGGGAGGUGAACAACUCGCGCAAACCAUUCUGUCCAUUGUGAACAGUGUUGACAAAGAAGAAGAAGAAGCCACAUUAUCGAUAUCUAGCAGCAGCGGUAGAUUUGGCUUGGACGAUCAAGCCCAAGAUACGCUAAAGGCAGCAAAAAGAUCCUUGCAGCAGCAGCAACAACAACAACAAGGGAGGCAGACAAAACGUGCUAGACGAAAUGCCCCCAAAACAGCCAAAGAAGGUGAAGAAACUAAGCCAGCAGCCGAAGUCAUCGAAGCUAAAAUGGUGGAGGACGAUGAUGUGCGAUCCGUCACAAGUUCUCGAUCAGAUGCCACUUGUGAAUCAAGGCGCGCCUUCAAUGUCGAAGAUGACAUGCCCAGAAUCAAGAUUGAGGAAAAAAUCAAAAUGGGACGCAAGAAAGCACGCAAGACAGACAGAGAAUACACUGGUACAACCUUGGACGGCAAGCCCCAUGGCAUUGGUUUUAUGACAUACGACAAUGGUAGACUCCUUGGCGGGCACUGGCUACACGGAGUCUUCCAAGGCCAAGGUUUUGCAAUCUAUGAGAAUGAUGAUAAGUGUUUUGGAUCCUUUCUGAAGAACAAGGUUCAUGGUAUUGCGACUUACAUGACAAACUCCACAAAGUACGUCGGUCAAUUUCAUAAGAAACAACGGCAUGGAAAAGGACGAUUUAAUGACGUUCAAAAGGGCACAUUUGAUGGUGACUUUGUGGAUGGUAGGUUCGAAGGCCUCGGUGUGCACACGGGAAUGAAUGGGGCAAUCACGCAAGGACGUUUCGAGAACUGGAAAAUCAAGGAGCACUUUAAUAUCGUGCCAAUGGAUGUUUCCCAUUCCCACGAACCACAAGCGAUGUUGGAACAGCUGAAUAUUAAUCGCUCGCCGGAUGAGUCCGACACGAUUGAAAAGACAGGAGACCAAAUUGUUCUAGAUACGGCAACCGUUCUCACACCAGAACAGAGACUAGAUCAAAAACUGCAGGCAAAGGGCGCUAGGAAUCCAGAGGUUGCUUUGACCUACAACUCAAUUGCAAGGGUCCUUUUGAAAGAUGCAAGGCUCGAAAAGGACCCAGAACUCUAUGAGGCAGCAAUCCGACAAUACCAAAAGGUGCUUCCGAUACAUGGACCAGAACACAUCUCGACUGCAGGAACAUAUGACAACAUUGGGAAUGUGUUGCGCGAACAAGGCAAGUCGGAGGAGGCAAUGAAGCAAUACCAAAAGGGGCUCGAGAUUAAAUUGAAGGUAAAUGGAGCCGAUGAUAUUUCAAUUGCAGAAACACAUGACAAUAUUGGCCAUGUCAUGCGUGAACAAGGCAAGUCCAAGAAGGCAAUGGAACAGUACAAAAAGGGACUUGAGAUCAAAUUGAAGGUACUUGGACAAGAACAUUCUUCUACUGCAGACUCAUAUUUCUGCAUUGGGGGUGUUUCGAGCGAUCAAGACAUGAAUGAAGUUGCACUGGAGAAUUACGAACAAGCGCUGAACAUUUUUAAGAAGGUGAACGGGCCAGAACAUCCAUCCAUUGCAUUGACGCAUCACGAGAUUGCAAACGUCUUGUGCAAUCAAGGCAAGUGGGAGCAUGCCUCCGAGCGAUACUUUAAGGCACUUGUAAUCAAAUUGAAGGCACUGGGACCGGCACAUUACUCAACUGCAACAACAUAUCACUGUAUUGGAAACGUCUUGUGCAAUCAAGGUCGAUACUAUGAAGCCUUGGAACGAUACCAAACCGCGCUCGAGAUCAAAUCGAAGGCAUGUGGACGCGAGCAUUCCUCUACUAUUUCAACGUAUCAAUGUAUUGGGAAUGUCUUGCGCAGUCAAGGGAGGUACGAAGCAGCUAUGCAUCAAUAUGAAAAGGUGCUUAAAAUCCAGUUGAAGGUGUAUGGACCGGAAAAUGCCUCAACUGCAGCAACGUAUCACUCUAUUGGAAACGCCUUGUACAAUCAAGGCCGAUACGAUGAGGCCAUGCAGCAUCACCAACGCUCACUCGAUAUCAAAUCAAAGGUAUAUGGACCGGAACAUCCUGCGACAGCUUCAACAUAUCAGGAGAUUGGAACCAUCUUGAGCAAGCAAGGCAAGACUGGGGAAGCGAUGCGGCAGAUCCAAAAGGGACUCGAUAUUUUCUUGAGGGUCAACGGGUCAGAACAUUCAUCCACUGCAGCAGCGCAUCAAGCAUUUGGAGAAGUUCUUCAGCAACUUGGGAGAAUUGAGGAAUCAAGUGUUCAAUUCGAAAAAGCUCUUUCUAUUUUCCGCAACAACCUUGGAGACAACCACCCUAGAGUCGCCAUGGUCUACAAUUGCAUUGCGAAAGAUUUGGCUCAGACAGGUCACCAAAACAAAGCGGUGGAACUUUUGGAGAAGGCGGUCAAGAUUCAGUUGAAGAAUUCAAGAGAUGACCAUCCUGAUCUCGCCAAGAUCUAUGCCACCAUGUCUGAUAUUUCAAAUACUGAAGAUUGGGAGCGCGAUGGAAACCAAGCAGGUUUUCAAGCUCUUGAUGAUGUCCUAGAAGUCCCAGAAGAGGUACCCAUUCUAGAGGUACCCAUUCUAGAGAACCCGAUCUACCGUCCAUUUGGAAUUUAA